AGAGAGAAGAUCCUUUCUCGAUCUUUCAUUAUUUCUGUUCCUAUUGCCUGUUGCCUGGCAUUGUGUUUAGGCGACUGCGCGCGCAUGCGCGAAAAAUGGAGCUCAUUUACACUUGCGCGUACACGUUGGUGACUCCAGGCUCCAGGUGACUCGGUGUAAACGUGAAAUUCACGACAAGGUGUGAAUGCAGGUGCAUCGCGCAUUAAUAGAAAUUAAUUAAAACGUACGCUCGCGCUUUUCGCGAGGAAAAAUGAGGAGAUCGCCGAUGAACAGCGCUGCGCACGGUGGCCGGCCGUCGUACGGCGCGAAACACAUGCCGUACAGCAAUUGGAAGUCGCCCGGGUACGGGGGUAGAGGUUAUCCCUCGUCCGCCCAGGAUAAUGAUCGUCAGAGUUUUCCCGCGAGCAGCCCGAUCGCGUCGCAGCCCUGCGACGGCGAUUUCAUCCCUCUGGACGUGAGCACGCCGACGACGCGACACGAAAAACCGUUCUACAAUGUCGCGAAUCGGUACAGUCCGUCCGGUGGUGGGACUCGCGGCAGUCCGGGCGGCGGAUGGCACAGUUUCAGGGGUAGUAGCCCCUAUUACAACUCGCCGAGAUCGAACCGGGGUAACCGGUACCCCGUCUACCAGCACUCCCCCAAGUUCAGUGGGCAGAAGAGAAAAGGCUACAAAGGAGUCAACAGGCAGGUAAAUGUAUCGGCGUACGUAGACAUGAAUUCCUUCUUGGAGGAUCCUUGGGAAGAGCUAGUAAAAAAAUUGGGUAAUUCGAAGGAUAUAAGUAAAAGCGAAAGGUCAGAAAGUGAAUCUAAUUCAGAACUGAUAGAUUUGACAGAAAGUAAACUGUCAAAGGAUACAAACUUGGACGAGUUGCAAUGUAGUCAAGAGUGUAAAAAUGAACAUUCUGUAGAUGUGAAGGAGCAGAAUAUAGAUCUUUGUCAGAUGUCGAAAGUCAACAGUUCAGUUAAAUCGGACCUCGAUGAUACUUGUUCUGAUCAAGAUUCGCCAAAUGAAAGUAUGUGCAGUGUCAGUGACAAGAGCUUUGUAGAGGAAAAAUAGUAUUUAUUUGAAUGUAUCCCUGACAGGGGCAUACUGAUUAGAAAUAUAUAUAAUAAUAACAAAGAACAAAGUGCGUUAUAAGAAAAAAAAUGCAUUAUGGUGACAAAAGUUCAUGAUGUAUAUAUUCAUAUGAUGCAUUGUAGUAACAAAAAUACAUAUAAUGUAUAUAUAUAAUUGUAUAUAGUAUAGUACUCUUGUAAAUAUUACAUAAGUACAUAAUAGUAUAUCGUACAA